ACUCAUGUAACAUGAGUCAUGUUACGUCCUUUAGGUCUAUGAGAACAUUGCAAACUGCAAUUUUAUGUGUGUGUAUGAACAAAUGCAGGCUAGUCAAAGAACGCACAAGAAUGAGAGGAGUUGCACUGUUGAAGUAUUUUCCAAUGUUCGACGAUAGAUUCGACGAACCUUAUUAAAUCUCUCCGAAACGUUCAAAGUACCUAUUUUGUUUUUAACACAGAUCUGUGAAUGUAAUUUUUAAGGAACAAUGUUUUUAAACAUCGACGCAGUACCAAAUUCUAUGUUACCAAGUAGUGUAAAUAAGCAGAAAUUAAGUAAAGAAAUUUUAUUGAAAUUGGAAGAUGAUCUUGACAUUGAUGAAAAGAUAUCUAUAUUAUUUUUAAUGUUAAACACUGAUGGUUACCAAGAGGUGUUCGAUUUGUUGCAAAAAUAUAAGAAACAUAAGGGUCGUAUGCUUGGAGAAUUCAUUGACAAGCAUCCUGAAGACUGGGAAAAUAAGCUAUUGGAAUCUUUAUGUAUUAUAAAGAAUAAACAGAUUAUACGAAAAUUGGGAUUGUCGUAUGAAGAAUUGGACGCUCUCUACUUGCCAAGAACCAACUGUUCAAGACACUUGAAUCCAGUAUCAAAAUGCUUGUACUUAUUAUGUGAACAGCUGUCGGAAGAUAGGAUAAAAUUGUUACUACAAUUUGUUAAAAAUGAUAUGCCUGUGUAUGACGAAAAUUUAACUGACACAGACUUUCUUGAAUUACAUAUGUUAUACUGGAUACACCAAAAUUACAUUUCGAUAUACUCAGUUGGUAAAGUAAGACUGCAGAAUUUGUUGCAAUAUCUGAAAAGAUAUGAAGAUCUGGAACUUAUUUAUGAAGAUUUAAAGACACACGUAAAUCAUCAAAAUGUGUUGGAUAUUCAGCACAUAAGUCCUACGAAUGUAGAUCAUUUACGGGGCUUCUCCAUGAGAGAAGAAGAUACGCAAGGAGUAUUAAACGUUAAAGAAAGAAAUCUGAAGAGAAUCAAUAAAGGCCUUUGCGUUAUUAUAAGUCAAAUGCUCUUCGCAAGUCAAAAGUACGAGACAAGAUUUGGAACGAUAGCUGAUUGUAAGAAGUUAUCAGACACUUUCAAAGGCUUCGGCUUCACAAUUGCAAUAUAUCAUAAUCUUAAUAAAGACGAGAUACUUAAAAAGAUAAAAGAUAUUCCUACAGACUUCGGUACUGACUACGACUGCAUUUUCUUAUGUAUUUUGAGUCAUGGUUGUAAAGGCGGUAUCAUCAGCGCUGACGUAGAGGAAAUCAGUAUUGAAACGAUUGACCAUAAAUUUUGCUGUACUGAAUUGAAAGAUGUGAUUAAAGUAGUUAUUAUACAGGCUUGCCAAGGAGACUUAAAUGGACAAGUAAACGAUACACAAAGCGAUGAUAUAACUACGGAUGGUGGUGCAGAUAAGGAUGUUCCAAAUAUUUUGGCAUUCCAAAAUUUCUGUAUAUUCAUGUCGACCAUGCAAGGCUUUGUGUCUGUACGUCACAAAGAGGAAGGAUCUUGGUUCAUACAAGAGUUUUGCAACAUCUUGCAAACUGGCAAAAACUUGACCUUUACAGAAAUUGCCGGGCAAACAAUUAACUCGGUAAUGAACAAGAGAGGGAAAUUAAAUGGCACCAAUUCCAUUGCGCAGUUACCUGAAUUAAGACAAUGGAGGUUGCACAGCGAUUUCCAAUUUCCAAAUUGGUCAUGCGAAGAGUAAAAAGAUCGUGUUACACAUAAAUUUUUAUAUAAAUGAUAAAUAAAUAAUCUCGAACAUGGUCAGGAAAUUGAUGCCGGCGAACACUCCUAAGAGGCCUCCGAACGUUGCUAAAAAAAUAAUUAAGGUAUUCUAUUUCUUCAUAAUAAUAGUUUAAUAAUAUUACCGAAAUUGUGACGCCAGUUGUAACGCACGUUUCGGCGAUAUUUGAUGGACACCAGAUCGCCGAAGAAUACGUGCGCUAUACUUUGAUUUUGCCAAGUUUUACCUUUUCUAAAAAAGAAAAAUGAUUUAUUGUCUUUCCUGGAACUUAGUAGAUAUGGUUUAUUAUUA